AUAUCAAACCAAAAAAUCUUUCUAAAUAAAAAAAUAAAAACCAUUUUUCCAAUUUUUGAGUUGAAAGCUUCGAGGGUUUUGUGGGCUUGUUUGUUCCCAUCAAUUUCCAAUUUCUCUUUCAGGAUCUUUGGAGGUUUUGUCAAGCUAACCAAAACAGUACCCAACAAAUAAUCUGAAGAAACAACGGAAAAGGAAGACGGAUAAUUGAAGCUGUUGCGUGGUAUUAUACUGGGUCUGUUCCUGACAUUGAAAAAUUGUUUGCUCGAGAAUAGUACGAAGCUCCUGAAGUUCGAACUUGUUCUAUGCGAAAAGGAGUGUUUGAAAGGGUAUACUUGAGGUCCAGUUAUUUAUCCGGUGGUGGAUUAUGUUUUGGGGAGAAAAUGGCUGCAGGGACUGAUUACCCGCAGGCACUUUCCAUGUUGGAUGGCAGUUAUAGAAAGGAGAACGUUACUGUUACAAGAGACGAGAAAUCAAGUACUUUUGAGAACUUGAAGCAACCGAACAUUGGCAGACCUCCUCGUCACCUCUCAGCUAUUAGGUGUUGCGUGAGCUCUGCCCAGUUGGCUCCUGCAGCUGAAGUGGAGUUGGAUAUUGGGAUUGUUAGCUCAAAUUCCCCAUCAGAUAGUAACUCAGCUUUUGUACCUGUUUUUCGCUCUGGAAGCUGCUCGGAGAUUGGACCGAAACCAUAUAUGGAGGAUGAGCAUAUUUGUGUAGACAAUAUUCUUGAUCAGCUGGGUGCAACUGCGAACUUCACUUCUCCCGGAGCAUUCUAUGGGGUUUUUGACGGCCAUGGUGGUACUGAUGCAGCUUCGUUUAUCAGAGAGAACAUUUUAAGGUUUAUAGUUGAGGAUCCGCAUUUCCCGUUAUGUACUAAGAAGGCUAUGAAGAGCGCUUUUCUAAAUGCUGACGUUGUUUUUGCUGCUACCGGUGGUCUUGAUAGUUCCUCUGGUACCACUGCACUUACGGCCCUCAUCUCUGGAAGGACGAUGCUAAUUGCAAAUGUUGGAGAUUGCCGAGCUGUGCUGGGAAGAAGAGGUCGGGCAAUUGAGCUUUCCAAAGACCAUAAACCCAAUUGUGCCUCCGAAAGAGUGAGAAUCGAGAAACUGGGAGGCAUGGUGUAUGAUGGCUACCUCAACGGUCAAUUAUCUGUGGCACGAGCUCUUGGGGACUGGCACAUGAAAGGCUCCAAAGGUUCCUUGUGUCCCUUGAGUGCAGAGCCAGAGCUCGAGGAGACAAUUCUGAGCGAGGAAGACGAAUUCUUAAUCCUAGGCUGUGAUGGGUUGUGGGAUGUGAUGAGCAGCCAGUGUGCAGUCACGAUGGCAAGGAAAGAACUAAUGAUCCACAAUGAUCCCGAGAGAUGCUCAAGAGAGCUUGUUCGGGAGGCACUCAAGCGCAAUACAUGCGAUAACCUGACGGUGGUUGUGGUAUGCUUCUCGGCAGAUCCGCCCCCGUUGCUUGAGAUCCCAAAGUUAAAAUUCAAGAGGAGUAUAUCGGCGGAAGGCCUGAAUCUUCUGCAGGAGGUACUAGAUAGUAAAUCAUGAUCAGAUUUGAUGAUCAAUCACAGGAGGUACUAGAUAGUAAAUCAUGAUCAGGUUCGAUGAUCAAUCACAGUUUGUGGACGAUAUUGAAUGAUCAGGUUUCUUUUUUCACUUUUAUUUAUUUAUUCGUAAUGCCAUCAAUCAGCCAAUCUUUGCUUGUUUUGAUCUGUCUUGGGAUCGAAUUAAUUCUGUUGGCUUUUGAUUGAAAUUUGUUGUACAUAAUAAUAUAGAAUAAAUCAGCUCUUUGUUUUUUUCUUC